AUGGCAACUCCAUUACAAACUGGUAGUUGUUUCAGCAGAGGAACAGACCUCCAAAAUCCUCAAAAGCAGUUUCGUCGUCCAUGUGAUGUUACUGUAGUGGUUAAGGAUGGCAAAGAAUUUGAUACGCAUGGACAUGUUCUCUCAGAGGCAAGUCCUUUCUUCGAGAAGCUUCUCGGCAGCGAAAUGAGAGAACGCAAGGAGCGAAAAAUUCGACUAGAAAUGUUGACAGAGCAAAUUUGGGGUAAAAUACUGAGUUUUAUUUACUCCGGCACUGUUCAGAUACAUAAUGAACAGGAUGCUCGGGACCUCAUCUCAAUGGCUGAUUACUUUCUAAUCAAGCAGUUAAAAAAUAUCGCCGGGGAGUUCUUGGCUCAGAAUCUGGAAACGUCAAAUUGUAUUUCGACUUAUCAUUUUGCAGAGAAAUAUCGAUGCGAAGAACUUCUUUUCGACACAAAGAGAUUCAUUCUUCGAAAUUUUAGCACCAUCGCAACCACGGAAGACUUCUCUAACAUGUCGAGCAAAGAAGUAGAAAUGUGGAUUUCAAGUGACGAGACGAAUAUACAAGCCGAAGAGGACGUUUUUAAAGUCAUUCUAAGAUGGAUUAUGCGAAACAGAAAAGAGCGAAAACAGUAUUUUUACGAGUUAUUUCGUCACGUCAGACUCGCUUACGUAUCAGUUACCUACCUCCGGAAAGUCAUUGCGACAAGUAAUCUCGUAAGAGACAACAGGAAAUGUUUGCGACUCGUUAAAGAUGCUAUCAAGAAAUCCAAGAAAUCACAUAGACCCUCAGUAUGGCCUAGAAAGUCACUAGAAACUCCUCUUAUAACAGUCUGCGUAGAUAAAAGAAUCUUCAGCUAUUUCCCAAGACAGGAUAAAUGGUCUAGAUUAGGAGAAAGCAAACCACCAUGUUCCAUCAUAUUCUCUUCCCGUGGCCAGCUCUAUUUUGUUAAUCAAGUAUACCAUAAGCUAUUGCGGUACGAUUCGUUCUCUCACCGUUGGACAACGCUGCCGUACAACGAAAAGAAAAGUAUGCGGCAAGUUUAUAUUAGCAGUAAGGAUGAAAUUUUCGCCUUGAUGAUCGAUGACAGAAUAUCGUGUCUCGGUUGUAUUUCUCUGCGUUCAUCUCGUGCAUUAGAGAGCACCGAACACGAAGAGAUUCAACACCCUCCGCGUUGCGGAAAAAGUCAUCUUUCUUCUGUAAUGAGGUACAGACCCGAAAUAAACCUAUGGCAAGAGACAUCUUCAUUUGAUUUGGGUUCGAGAGAUGGAAUUUGCUUCGUUGCCAGUGAAAAGUUUGUUUACCUUAUAGGCGGUCACAUUCGAGGAGCUAACAAGAUUCUGACUGAUGUGGACAGAUUCGAUUUCACCAGGAACUCGUGGAGUAAGGCAGCUGACAUGUGGGAACCAAGACACUGCCCUUAUGGGGCUGCUCUACACGGGAAAGUUUACAUCACCGACAAUGGCGGCUACGACUUGGAGAACUUUACGUUCAAAAGGACGUGUGAGGUCUACAGCGAGGCAACGGAUGAAUGGCAUUUCGUUGCAAACAUGACAAUACCACGGUCCCGGCAUGGCAGUAUGCUGUGCGUUGAUGAGAAGAUUUGUGUCUUGGACGAUUAUUUUAAGAGCAUGAGUUACCUGGGAAUUAAAAUUCACUGCUACGACCCUGACAAAGAUGAAUGGCAAGAGCAAACAGAUCAUAAAAUACCAGUAAAGAGAGGUUACUCAGUUGGAUCCACAACUCAUUAUUCCCUCCACACUUGCGCUACGAGUAUUUUUCAGCCGGGACAACGCCUUGCAAGCGAAUCUUCCACGACCACUUUUGACAAAUUCAAGUGUCUGAUUAUGUAGACCGAUGCAAGCUUAAGUUACCAUAAACGUAUCCUCCAUAAAGAGAAGACCACUAAACAAGUUUCAUUCGGUAGAGGUAUUCUGCCUGGGGUGAAGGAAUUGUGCAUAUAUUUAAAAUAGUCUGGAAGUUCCUCCAUUCUCGAACCUUCUCACAAUUUUGUCAAAUUCUCCAUUUUCGCAGUUGUGUGCAUAUCUCGUUCUAAGAAGCGAACCUUGCUCACAAAGACAAACCCUGAGCCUCUAUUUAAUCUCUCCUCUCAAAAGAACUGAUCGUGUGAGAUGUAUGUGUCUAAAAAAGUAAUACCUUAGUUCAAUAGCGUUUACCUUUGGAAUAAUCUCUACAUGGGAGAAUCAUUUUAAUUCUCUCCCAUGACGAGUUAAGACCUCUCCUGUAGUUAGUUAAUGCGCCGACAUGAAGAAAAAAGGAAAGUACGAUUGUUUUUAUCCGUAGAGAUCAUAAAAAAAAAUUACUGGUGGAGGCGCAGAGAGCAAUUUGAACGACAGAAAACGAGAAACGUAUGAUUUCAUGAAACACAAUUUUUAUGCUCUUUUACGUUGUACAAAA